CCGUGUUCCGGUCAGACGGCGGACCCCAGUUUGCAUCGGGCACGCUCCGCCGGUUCCUCCAGCGCUGGGACGUACGACAUGAGAUGUCAUCACCGCACUACCCGCGCUCUAACGGGCACGCGGAGGCCUGCGUGAAGACAGCAAAGAAGCUGGUGCUGGCUGCGUCUUCAUCGGGCCAACUGGACCAGGACCAACUGGACCGAAGUCUGCUCGAACUCCGUAACACGCCCCGAGCAGACGGGCGGUCGCCGGCACAGGUGCUCUUUGGUCACCCGCUGCGCUCCGGUGUUCCCACGCACCACCGCGCCUUCGCUCCGGAGUGGCAGCGGGCGGCCGCUCUCUGCGAGGAAAAGGCUGCCGAGCUCCAGGAGCAGGCCGUCAGGUGCUAUAACAAGAGCACGCGCCGGCUGCCAGCGCUGAAGCUCGGCAGCCGCGUCGACAUACAAGACCCCACCACCGGCCGAUGGAACCGGAUUGGAGUGAUCGUGGGCGUCGGUCAGAGGCGCACGUACCUCGUCAAGACGGCCAGCGGCAGGGUCCUGUGGCGGAACCGCCGCUACCUCCGCCCGUACCGGCCGCUUCUGACGGAGCCCACCCCGCCUGUGGCUCCGUCCGCCCCGCGCCCGCCCGCUGCUGGGGACGGACCGGCCGGUCCGGGCGACGGGGCGUCCGCGCCGGGCGGCGAAUACAGGAGAGGCGCCAUCGAGCCGACAGGGAUGCAGUCCGGCGACACUGCGCCGCGCCGGUGCCGACUGAUGGUGCCGCGCUGGUCGAACCGCCGCGUCUCACCUUACGACAGACGCGGCGGGCGGCUGCCCCUGCAGCUGUAG